GCACAACUCGUUUUUCCGGUUCCACAUCCGAGAAGGUCGGUGUGACCGUGUGGAUGCCAUUGUAGCCGAGAUCAUGUUGUCAAUUGCCGCUCGUUGUGGGUCACUGUCACCGUACUUACAGGCUACAAACUAUGCCGUGCCGGGGCCGCUUAAAGCCCUUGUUCCGCCAUUUGUCACCAAAGUGGAUAAAGUACCGUUGGACGUGAAGAAACCCAUCCUGUGUCGCGAAUCCUUAACAGGCCAGAGUCCAAGGACGGCACCCGCGAUUUUAGUCGGCAUCAGCGCUCCCAGUACAGUGCGUUUUGCUCACACAGACAUCAAGAUCCCGGAUUUCUCUGAUUAUCGACGGCUCGAGGUCCAGGACUCCAGGAAGUCCUCUCAAGACAGCUAUGAGUCGAGAAAAACCUUCUCCUAUCUGAUGACCGGUGCAACCGCUGUGGUGGGCGUCUAUACCGCCAAGACUCUGGUCACCCAGUUUGUGUCAUCUAUGAGUGCAUCUGCAGAUGUCCUGGCUCUGUCCAAAAUCGAGGUCAAACUGGGCGACAUCCCAGAAGGCAAGAACAUGACCUUUAAGUGGAGAGGCAAGCCGCUCUUCGUCCGUCACAGAACCACCAAAGAGAUCGAAACGGAGUCUGCAGUCAACCUUUCCGAGUUGCGGCACCCAGAGCAUGAUAAAGAUAGGGUCCAAAAUCCCAAGUGGGUUAUUGUGAUUGGGGUGUGCACUCACCUCGGCUGUGUGCCUAUUGCAAACGCAGGGGAUUAUGGUGGUUACUACUGCCCCUGUCAUGGCUCCCAUUAUGAUGCCUCAGGUAGAAUUCGGAAAGGUCCCGCACCCCUUAAUCUAGAGGUUCCCUUUUACGAGUUCCCAGAUGAUGAAACCGUUAUUGUGGGUUAGAUGCAUGAUGCUUCUCGUGCAGUGCUCUGUAUAUUGUGACCUAAGUACCUUUAACGACCUGUUCUUCAGACGAAACAUUUUGGGGGCUGGAAGUGAGUCUGAUAGUUUGAAAUAAAGUUCAGUUUUACUUCAUCUGUAGCCAUUUUUUGUGUAGUUAUUUCAAGUGAAUCAAAUCUGAUACUCGUUCAAGUAUUGCAAAGACUGGAUCUGAACUUCUGAAAUGGGUAAUAGGAAAGCAAGAAGUUGAAUGAAGGGGAGUGGAAUGUCUCAUUGGUUACAUGUGAAUUGAAAGACUACAGUGAAGGCUCCACUGUACAUUUAAAUUUUUGAGGAUCCUGUUUUUGUGACUUCUGUUUGUGAUUUAAGAAAUGGAUUAUUUAGGAGCGGUUCUGCAUUGUCAACAAUCAUCUAAAGUUUACUUGGUCUGUCAAGAAAGAACUACAUCAUAAACACGUGCAUCUUUAUAUUACAUUAACUGACCUUGUACAUACUAAGCUGUGUGUGGUCUUGUAUCAAAAACUAAUAAAAGAUGCCACAGUAGAUCCA